UCAUGGAAUCGCAGCCUACCGUUCUGCCUCAGAUUUCAGCUUCAUGUGAGCUAAUAUGGGGCUCUGGUUUCUCUACGGAUACCGAAAUAGGCAACAUCUUUGAACAAUGGUCCCAGGGAUUUACUUUCUCUGAUGACUGCAAGAGUGCCCUGGUUCAGGGAAAGGGAGGACCUUGUGCGGUAAUAGUGCCCGCCCAGGCUUACAUCAUCAAACAUCUCAUAUUUGAUAGUGAAAUUCAGUUGGCCGACGUGACCGAGGAACAAGCCCAGAAAGCUCUAGAGCAAUCCCUUCAAUAUAUCUUCCUGAACGUUGCCUCGGAUACAAUACACAUAGCCAAACUUUCUCAACAAUUAGACGCUGUGUCCUCUGUCGAGUUCCACAAACAUUUGACCCUGCAGAGUUUCAGCACGUCAGAAAUAGGGAAUCACAUACAGGGUCUCACCGAGAGCUGGCGUGGAGAUUUCGGAGUGAUGUCAUUCCUUUACUCAAUAGUACUCACUCGAGGGAUAGAAAAUAUAGUAUCUGAUAUCGGGAUUAUGGGGGACCCUUCUCUAGUUGACAACACUUUCGGACACGGUAAUCAGAGUUUGUUGAACUUAAUCCUUACCGGAGCGGCAACUCCCAACGUUUUUGAUUAUACCAGAAGUAUUGAUGGCAUGGACCUAGUUGGAGUCACGCAAAAGACUGAUAUCGGGUUUUUGACUCUGCUAGAAGCCUUGAGAUACUGCAAAGUAGGGGAUUUUCUGAAAUGUCCAGAGUAUCCAAUAUGGAUCAUAGGCUCAGAAUCCCAUCUUAGUUUAUUAUUUUCUGCAGAAAGUUCUCUAUGUGUAAGUGAGAAGUCUCCCUUUAAGAUAGCAAGGGCAGCUUUCGACACUUUUGACUGUGAAGGGAACGGCUUCAUUCCAGUAACAGAUCUGCCUAAUGUUCUAGAAAAGUUAGACAUGGUGAGUGAAGAUGAGUAUGUUGAGUUCAUGAAGGAUCGUCUAGAUCCAGACUCCACUGGAAUUAUUCUAUCCGCGUUUAUCGAGGAAUUCGUUCCCGGAGCCUGGGAGAAGCAGGAUGAGGCGUUCCAAAACAAGCAGUUUGUAGUUCAGCAUUACAACGGAUUGCGACAAUCUAACUCUGACAAGAAGGUUACGUACAGGUUAGGUGCCGCUGCUAUCUAUAUGGAAUAUAAUCAAGUAAUGGAGGCCAGCACUGCCCCCACAUCACUGCUCCGGGUACUGAGGACAAAGUGGCCGACUAUAGAGAUAGAUUGGCAAUCCCAACCAAGUAUUAGUUAGCGACAUCGCUUAUCUUCUUUAAUUAUAAAGACCUUUGUGUACCGAUUUAACGUGGCAGUAAGUUUACUGUUUUUCUAAGUGAUGAGAUCACGUGACAU